AUGGUCGGGCUGCCGGCUCGGGGAAAGACCUAUAUCUCGUACAAAGUGUCACGGUAUCUCGCAUGGCUCGGAGUAAACUGCCGCGUGUUCAAUGUUGGCGAGUACCGACGCAAAAUCGUCGGAGCGCAGCUUGACCACAGCUUCUUUGACCCACACAACCCGGUGGCCAUCGAGCAGCGGCUCAAGUGCGCAGUGCUGGCGCUCAACGACAUGUUUGCGUGGUUUGAGGACGUACACAAUGGCGUGGCGAUCUACGAUGCAACAAAUUCGACGCGGUCCCGGCGGCAGAUGAUCAGCGACGAGUGCCGCAAGCACAACGUGGAGGUGAUGUUCUGCGAGAGCUGGUGCGACGACGCCAACCUGGUGGACAUGAACAUCCUGGAGGUCAAGCGUACGAGCCCCGACUACAAGGGCAUCAAGGACCCGCAGAUGGUGCUUGACGAUUUCCGGCAUCGCAUCGACCACUACAGCGAAGUCUAUGAGCCCGACCCGACGGUCGAGGAGUACGACGAGCGGCUGGCCAGCUACGUGCGCAAGAUCAACGUAGGCUCGCAGGUUGUCAUCAACCGCAUCACCAGCUACCUGGAAUCGCGCAUCGUCUACUUUUUGAUGAACAUCCACAUUGCCACGCGCUCGGUGCUGUUCAGCCGCCACGGCGAGAGCAUGUACAACCUCAACCAGCGCCUGGGUGGCGACCCCGAUCUCAGCCCGAACGGCCGCAAGUACGCCGACGCCCUGCCGAGUCUCAUCUCGAAGCUGCUGGGCGACCAGCCGCUGACGGUGUGGACAUCGACGCUCAGGCGCACGCACCAGACUGCGGCCGGAUUGCCAUGCAAGAAGAUGCAGUGGAAGGCUCUGGACGAGCUGGAUGCUGGUGUGUGCGAGGGGCUGACGUACGAGGACGUCGAACGGGAGUACCCGGAAGAGUACGCGAUGCGUGACCAGAACAAGUUUGAGUUCCGGUACCGCGGCGGCGAGUCGUACCGCGAUGUGGUGCUGCGGCUGGAGCCCGUGAUCAUGGAGCUGGAGCGGCAGCAGAACAUCAUGGUGAUUUCGCACCAGGCUGUGCUGCGCUGCAUCUACGCGUACUUUUUGGACAUUGGGCCCGACGAGCUGCCGUAUCUCAAGAUCCCGCUGCACACAGUCAUGAAGCUGACGUGGACAGCGUACGGCUGCGACAUCCAAACAUACAAGAUCGAUAUUGACGCUGUUGACACUCACCGCGCCAAGCCC